AUGGCACCCGCAGCCACAUCGUCCACAGCCGGCGCUGCCUCGGAUCCCAAAUCCCGCCUACUCCGAUUCACAGGUCACCGCAACUUUCGUCAGCGUCUCAUCCUCUCGCUCAUCUCUCAACGACCUGUACGAAUUGACUCUAUCCGACCAGAUUCUUCCUCUCCCGGUAUUCGUGAUUUCGAAGCCAACUUUCUUCGGCUCAUCGAAAAGAUCACCAAUGGGUCACACGUCGAGAUCUCGUACACUGGUACAUCCAUCCUACUCAAGCCAGGUGUGAUUGCUGGCGGAAAGGUCGUUCACGAAUGCUCGUUGACAAGAGGUAUCGGGUAUUGGUUGGAGUGGAUUGUCGUUCUGGCGCCGUUUGCGAAGAAGGAGGUGGCAUUGACGUUGAGAGGUGUAACGAAUAUGGAUGGUGAUUUGGGAGUGGAUACGAUCCGUACAGUGACGCUGCCUCACCUGUCUCUGUUUCUGCCGUUGGACUCGGUAUCGACGCUGGCAAGUUCGUUGGAGCUGCGAAUCUCCAAGCGAGGCUCAGCACCGGGUGGAGGAGGAGAAGUCCACUUCCGUUGCCCCCUCAUCAAACACCUCUCCACCAUCAAUUUCACCGCUCCAGGACGAAUCAAAAAGAUCCGAGGCAUCGCUACCUGCACUCGCGUCUCCCCGCAAAUCGCCAACCGACUCAUCGACUCGGCGCGCUCCAUCCUCGGCCGUUACAUCCCGGACCUCUACCUCUUCGCCGACGUCUACCGCGGCGAAGACUCUGGAAAGUCUCCCGGUUUCGCCAUCACCCUCCUCUCCACCUCCACCACCGGUGCAAUCUACAGCGCCGAAGCAGCAUCCGCCACGGAAAACCCGGGCUUGCCGGAAGACCUCGCCGAAAGGGCUGCAAGGCAGCUGUUGGAAGAGAUCAGCGAGAACGGCUGUGUCGAUAAGAGCCACCAGCCGAUGGUGCUGCUGUUGAUGGCGAUGAGUCCGAUGGAUGUGGCGAGAGUGACCAUGGGUAGGAUGGGUGCGAAUGCGGUGAUGAUGAUGAGGGAUUUGAAGAGUGCGUUGGGAGUCGAGUUCAAGAUUUCGACCGCCGAGCAGCAGGGAUUGCCGUCAAAAGAGCAAGAGAGUGACGACGACGAGGAGGAUGACGACGGUGAUGAGGAAGCGAACGCAAAGAGGGAGAUGCUCAAGAAGUUGGCCCAGCCAGAGCUGUACACGGUCAGCUGCGUAGGUGUCAACUUUGGCGGAUUCAAGAAGGUCGGUUAG